AUGGGAGGGCUCGCUCCCCGCCGCCCGCCGGGCCUGGGGAGGCGCGUGAGUGCGGGGCGCGCCGCUCCAGCCCACUCCUCGGCGGGGCCACUUUGCUUUUCGGGCGGGCCGGGGGUCGGGGGGGGGCGAUGUAUGGGUGGGGGGCGGCAGAGGACCCCCUCCCCGGGCGCGGGGAUUGGCCGGCGGGCGAGCCGGUUGACAGGCGCCUCGUGUAACUCGCGUCCCGCGUCCGCGGUGCAUCCGUGA